AUCAAUGAUAUGCACCGCAAGUGCAAAAUUAAUCUUGAUCUCGUUUUGUCGAGAUUUAAAAAUGGUUGGAAAUAAUGACGUCCAGAAGUAAACGAAAUUGACAAAAACAUCUAUAUUAGUUCAUAACUAGUUCAAAUUAAGGUGAGCAGCCAUGCCAGAUGCUGUGCCAGGACAGGCACCACCUGGUGAACCAAACAACAAUAACAACAACAAUGGCCCAGGUGCACGGAAUCAGAACCAGAGAAACAAUGCUCUACUGAAUGUCAGGGAUCGUCUCUUCCAUGCCUUGUUCUACAGGAUUGCAAUCACAUAUGCCAGGGCAUUUCCUCCAAAAGUCAGAAGAAUGAUAGAAUUUCUUCUUCUUAUCAAGGCACUGGUAGCUCUGGUCGUCCUUGUGUAUAUCCAUGUUGUCUUUGCGAGAGCUCCCAUCAACUGCCUGGAUCACGUCAAGGAUGUAUGGCCAAAGACAGGCAUUCUAAGAGUAGAGGUUGUACGCAAUGCUUCCCCAGACUAUAACAUUGCAAAGUCAUAUGAGAAAGAAUACAGCACAUAUGAUCUGGAAACUUUGUUCCAUUUUGAUGAUGGUGACACAACAGACGAUGCAGAGGUUGGAGACACUGGUGAUCUGUAUGAGGCUGGCCCAGAUGAUGAAAAUCCAGAUGUAGACAAAAUGGAGGAUGUUCUGGUUGCUAGUAAUAAUACAACAACCAUCACAUUAGACCACCAAGCUCUAUUGAGCCCAAUAAAAGAUGAACCAGAAGAAGUGACAGAUACAUCUAAGACUAUUGGAAACACCCUUGAAGAUACAGAAAGUCUGGAGACUGACACUGUUGAUGUAGAAGUUGAUACAGAUGAUAGUAAUGAGACCUCUCAGUAUUGGGUAGCAGAUGAAGCUGUUCCAGAGAAGAACAUGCAGCCAUUCAGGGAAACACUUUCUGAGCUUGAGAUGUUUGCUAAAGCAGUUUGGCCAGAGGAAAAGUAUAUAGUAGAAUAUGCACUGGAGUAUGGUUUCCUGCGAUUGUCCCCUAAAACAAGGGAAAAAUUAAACAUUAGUGUCAUGCUAGUCACAUUAGAUCCCUUAACUGAUGAGUGUUUUGGAGACUCAUUCAGCAGGUUCUUGCUUGAUGAGUUCCUGGGCUAUGAUGACCUGUUGAUGUCUAGUAUCAAACAACUAGCAGAGAACGAGGACAACAAAGGUUUUCUGAGAAAUGUUGUAACAGGAGAGCAUUAUAGAUUUGUCAGUAUGUGGAUGGCUAGAAGUUCCUACCUUGCUGCUGCCUUCAUUAUGGUCAUCUUUACUCUGUCAAUCUCCAUGUUACUGAGAUAUUCCCAUCACCAGAUCUUCGUAUUCAUUGUUGAGCUUCUUCAGAUGUUAGAGAUGAAUACCACCAUAGCAUUCCCUGCUGCCCCAUUACUGACUGUGGUACUUGCCUUGGUGGGAAUGGAGGCCAUAAUGUCUGAGUUCUUUAAUGACACCACCACUGCCUUUUAUAUUAUCCUCCUUGUGUGGAUUGCAGACCAGUAUGAUGCCAUCUGCUGUCACACAAAUAUCAGUAAACGUCAUUGGUUGAGAUUCUUCUACUUGUACCACUUUGCUUUUUAUGCAUACCACUAUCGCUUCAAUGGUCAGUACAGUGGACUUGCCUUGGUUGUAUCCUGGCUAUUUAUUCAGCAUUCUAUGAUCUAUUUCUUCCACCACUAUGAACUUCCAUCGAUGUUACAACAAGCUCGUAUCCGCCAACUUCUCGCCCAUUCUCACCGUCAGGUAGCAACAGCUAAUAAUGUAAAUCAAGCUCAAGCCCAAAAUGCAGAUAUGAAUGCCAACAACCAAGCUACGAACAACCCUGUUGGUAAUGUGAAUAAUGGUGUACCUGCAGAAGGUGAUGUAAGACCUAAUGUACCACCACCUGGAGAAGUUCCUAAUGGGGAACACCCUGUGCCUAAUGGGGAUUUAGCUGCUCCAUCUACUCCUGUAGAUACAGGAGAUGGUAUGGAACAAGAUAAUGCAGCUACAGGGGACUCUGAAGCAAGCUCCAGCGAGCCUUCAACUAAUACCCCACCAGCUAACCAAUCACGUAGUCAGUACAUUAAGGACAUGGUGCUUCGACUAAGAAAUAAUGUUGCUCAAAGGAUAGGAGCUGUUCCCCCUGAGAGUAGGGGUAAUAAUACUGUGGACUCCAACCUUCAGCAAAACAAUUCUAAUACUGCAAAUAUGGAGCAUGAGCAUUUGCCAGAAGAUUUAGAUAUGGAAAAUAUAGAAAUUGACCCAAUACCUAAUGACGUUUUGGAAACUUUAGACCUGAAUUUGGACGGAAGAGAUUCAAUAAGACUUGAUAGUGCAACAGACACAAAUGUUUCUGAAUCAGUAGAAAAUAGUUCAAAUAAUAUAGUCAGUGGUCUCAGUGCUACAGUGGACAGUGGUAUAUUGCAGGAAGAUGGACCUGAUCAGAGUCAUAGUAAUCAGACUGAUAUUAAUUCCCAAUCUGUGGAAUCUGAACAUAGGAACAGUUCUGCUAGUACACCUGUUUAGGUUUAGUCCAAACAGAUCUGCUAGGGUUCAUAGGAGCCCAUCAUGAUAGAAUAACAUGGGUGAACUUCUUCAGGAAAAUUUGUAUUUAGAUAAAAGUUGAAAAUAAGGGGGUUGGAAUUUUUGAUAUCUCCAAACAGAAGUAAAUCCAUGCUGUUACAUGGUGGGUGUCUAAGUAGAUGUUUGAAAUAAGUUCAUUAACAAAUGCAGUAAACAUGGUACAGUUUUUAUAUCCCUGAACACUUUACUAUAUGAUUUACAAAGAACAAUAUUGUUAAAUCAUUCAGUAUUUCAAAUGGAAAUUGAUGAAAAAGGGACAUGGACUACUUGUUAAAGUCCUGUACAUUACGCAGAAUGACUACUUCAGGCAGCACUAUAUAUUUAUGUACAUAUAUGUAUAGCUCCUAGGUUCCAAAACAAACAUAAAUAAAACGGCAAUUGGCGAGACUUUUGUAUGGAUCUUGAUGUAAAAGUAUAUUUUGAGUUUCUGAGAAACUGUAUAUAUAUUUUUGGUCUUUGGGCAUUCAAAAAUUUGUUUCAAGUUAAAAGGAGGAGGGAAAGUAUCGCAACAGGUUUCGGACAGUCAUAUGUUGGAUUUUGGC